AUGCUAGGGGGUGAGUCGGGGUGCCUGGAAGAGACUGACCUGACAGAGCCUGACCUACCUCUCCUCGACGCGCAGGAGGUGCUUUUAGAUCCUGGCUCGAGUCUCCUAAGCGAACCACCCUUUCCUUUGCCGGAAUCAGGAGGUCUUGGUUUGUCUGAUCCGGAAGAUGCAAUUGGGGAGGUCUCUGAAAAGGAUUUUGAGCUUUCUUCCCAAGGGCAACCUGAGCAGCUUGAUGGUGAGGUGCAAUGGUAUAACAUGGUGCGUGAUGAACCUCCUCAGUCGGAUGUGGGUGCAGUUUGUACGAGUUCCCCUUUAGAGGAUCGUCAGAGUCGUCUUCCUGAUCUCGAUCAUAUGCCCUCUUUUUCGUGUGAUCAGCACAUCCUGGCCAUGCAAGAGACGGCCAUGCUUUUCUGCAUUAAGAAAGCCAGGGUUGAACGACCGUGUCAGCCAUGGGAGAGUGGACCUUUCGGGGAGGUCUUCGGAAAUUUCUCUGAUCGGAAUUCUCAUGAAGAGUGGCUCUGGGCAAAUGCUUUCUCUGAGGUUGGACUGCAGGAGUCCUUGGAUCCUCCGAGGGCUGCGCCGUCCUUACCCACUUCGGAUGAGGGCCUUUCUUGGGUCGUGGAAAAGAGGCUCCAGCACUUCCGCCUUGAGAAGUCUGAUGAAGAUCUGAGAAAUCACGCAGUUAACAGACUCCGCAGUCUUGUAAUGCUUGACCCCCUGGCUUCAAAGUUGGGAUGCACCCUGGCGACUGACAUUCGUAACUUGGCCUCGGAAGAGGACAUUGCUUCGGCCUUUGACCACGUGUUCGUAAUGAAGGCCGCCAGCACCAUAUACAAGAGGUCUUGUUCGCUGGGAAAGUUUGCAAGUUGGCUGAUGGGCCGUAGUGGUUCCCCUUUGAGGUUCUCCGAGUCACAGCUCUACCAGUAUCUGAAACACUUGGAGAAGAACGCGGGGGCUACUGCUGGUACUCAUUUGCUCGAGGCAAUUCGCUUCCUAGACGGCUUGGUGAAGCUUAACUUUGUAGACGUUGAGGAGGUGGUUUCUUCGCGUUGCCGAGGGCUAGCAAGACAGAUGCAUCUUGGCAAGCGCCCGCUGUGUCAGAAACAGGAGCUGACGGCUGGGCAAGUUGAGGUUUUGGAGCGGUUCAUGAUGAGGUGUUCUACACGCCAUGGGUGCAUUGCGGGGCAAUUGUUGUUUUGCUUCCAUGCUGGAUCACGGUGGCGUGACUCUCAAACACUGCAGAGGAUAUUUGUGACGGUGGAUGAGGACUCGGGAUUUGAGCUUCUUCAGGGUGAGGCCCUUACUUCGAAAACCACCUAUUCCCUUUCAGCGAAGUGCACUCUCUUGCCUUAUGCGGCCAUUGGUCUGGGGCUAUCCGGAGUGCCUUGGGCCCGCAGGUGGAUCACUGCCAGGAAGGCUGAAAACCUAGUGGAUGGAACUCCUUUCCUCCCGACGUUCAGCGAGAGAUCAGGGAGAUGGGGUACAUCCAAGAUGAGCUCAUCUGAAGCAGCGAUCUAUCUGCGCGAAUUUCUCAUGUCGGAGAUUCCUGCAUCAACUGGUUUGGAGAAGCUUGGGACUCACAGCCUCAAGCGAACUCUCCUCAUGUGGGCUGGAAAGUCAUCUGUGGUCUUCUUCAGCAAGUCGGACAGGAGAUUGCUGGGGCACCACGUUGAUCCGAAGGAUCGCUCCAUGCUGGUGUACUCGAUCGAGGCUUAUACCACCCUGUAUGGCCGGGUAUCUGCCAUGUUUGAGAGUAUCCGUUCCUUAGCCUUUAACCCGGAUCUAAAGGCUGCCUCCCGCGUCGUGGCCGUUGCCGAGGGUCUGCUUCACGGUCCAGAUCCUGAUCAGGCGGCGUUUCCUUCGGAGGCACGUGAAUUGGACAAGGACCUUGCUGAGGACUCUGAUGCAGAUAGUUUGGCUUCUUGCUCGGGAGUUGAGAUGGAGGAACGUGAUGGUCUUGCGAGGGUUAGGCCCCCCUUUUCCGAUGUAAGCUGGAGCCAGUGUGUCACUCAUGUCAUUUCGGGAAUCACCCAUUUGAAGAGGGAUGAAUCCACUCUUCUUUGCGGACGCCCUUUGUCCGACAACUAUAAGCCAACCGAGGCCGUUUCGGCGGUAGCACAUUUUGAGCCCGACUGUUGCCAUCAGUGCAAUCGGGUGUUGCUAUCGGAGCAGUUGCCCUAG